AUGGCAAUCUCAGCUUCUGAGGGUCCUGUCGAGAUCAACAUUCCUGCUCUACCAUCGCAGGUCAAGGAUUUCAUUCCCUAUAUUACGCAACACCCAAAUGAGCCAAUUGGGCAACUCCUAGAGCCGUUCAAGGUCUUCGAAUCAGAACUACGAAAGGUCUACGCACAAGAUCCUGGCCACCACGUGGUUCAAGAUGGCAACGUCAAUCUGGUGCCGGUCUUUGAUGGCCACGAGAAAGAUGUCAAGAUCAGAGCCAGGGACUUGGAAGCAGAGUCUGAUGAAGAAACCUCUCAUUACAUAAUGGAGUUGGAGGAUGAUGUGCGGAAAGCUACCGGAGACGCUGCUAUGGUCACUUCUUUCAAGGAGUUCCAGCAGAACUUUAAUUUGUUCUCAGAGAGCUCAUUGAUCGAUUUGGACUGGGCUAAUGUUGUUGCUGCUGGUAGCUCGGUUACUACUGCGCUUUUACCAGUUCCAAAAGAAUGGUCCGGGAGUAAACGUAGUAUGCGGGAGUACUACCAUGAACAUCUGGCUCCUGCAAGCGAUGUUGAUCUCUUCUUAUAUGGGAUGAAUGAAGAACAAGCUCUUCGCAAGAUUGACGAGAUCGAGAAAAACGUUAGGGACAGUAUUCUUCACGAGGUAACAACUAUUCGAACCAAAAACGCCAUCACAAUUGCCAGUCAGUACCCUACUCGACAUGUCCAAAUCGUCCUUCGUCUUUACGACUCUGUCUCGCAGAUCAUCACGGGUUUUGACGUUGAUUGUGCUUGCGCCGCAUACGAUGGAAAGCAAGUUUAUGCUGCCCCUAGAGCGCUCGCAGCAUUCAUGACUCAGUGUAACACCAUCGAUCUAAGUCGUCGUUCUCCCUCCUACGAAAAUCGUCUCUCUAAGUAUAGUCAUCGUGGUUUCGAAGUCUAUUGGCCACUUCUUGACCGUUCUCUUAUUGACCCUACAAUAUUCGAGCGUUCUUUCCGUCGGACUCAAGGGCUAGCAAGACUUCUAAUUUUAGAACUGCUCCCAAAAGCUUCAGACCGCGACAGCUACACUGAACAGCGUCGUCAAGAGCGUGGUAGGCCGGCUUUGAACCGAUGGCGUGGCAACUGGCGAAGUCCCGGCAAUUUGAAAGAUGCAGAGGAAGACGAAGUCGCUGAUUGGAUCGAACAGGAAGAUGUUUCUUCUUAUCACACUAUGACCGUGCCAUACGGGCCAAAGUAUGAUGCAGCGAGAAUCAACCGCCUACUAUAUGCCAAAGACCUUUUACUCAACGCCGAGUGGAACCAACCCAAAGACCGAGAAGUCUACCUCCAUAGGCAUCCUUGUUUCUUUGGAACUGCUAAGGAAGUUAUCCAAGAUUGUUGUGGAUAUUGUCCUAUGCCGAAAACCGAUGAAGAAAUCGAAGUCGCGGAAGAGGAGAGCAAGGUCUAUGUUUCCGGAGAUCUCAGGUUUCUUCAAGAUGACCCCGGACGACAAGAAAUUGGGAGCUUUAAUCCUAUUACAGAUGAUGAGUGGACUACUAUGGCAUACGUUGGCGACACGGCGCGUUUGUGCCAAGCAAUCGUGGAUAAUGAUCUAGAGCAUGUUCAGGACUGGUGUGAACAAGAUGGUGUUGAUGUCAAUCGACGAGACUACACAGGACGCACACCAUUGCAUCUUGCAACUAUGUCUUCAACGCCUGAAAUUGUGCAGUGCCUUAUAGAUCAUGGUGCGCGGUUGAUUGCUAGGCUUGUUGACGGUAAAACUGCUCUACAUAUUGCAGCCGCCCGUGGAAAUGCAGCGAUGGUCAAAGCAUUGAUGGAUAAGAGUCUUGAGAAUGAAGCCGAGGAAGAUGAGAAGAAAGACGCCAAACGAGAAGCAAAACAAGCGGAGCGUAAGCUGCAAGGCCUAACGAUGAAUAUUGAUGACGAUGAUGAAAAUGAUGAUGAUGCCAGUUCGGAACCGUCUGAAAUUACUUUGGGCAGUGAAGACUCGGAUUCGAUGACUAUGGGCUCUUUCGUCAAAGUCCAAACCGAAGACAGAACAAAUGAUGGUGUACCAGAAGACUCGACGGACGAUCCUGAUAUCUACGAAAUCGACGUUAUUGCUUGGGAUUAUGGCUUGUCUCCCCUCCAUCUCGCUAUCAUGAAUGGCCAUCUCGAUAUCAUCGAGCUACUUGUCUCUGAGUACGGUGCAGAUGUUCUACUCCCGGUCAAACUGAUUGAUCCCGAUACUAAAGGUGCCCGUGGAGCGAUCCUGACUAUUGUUCUUACGAUCUUCUUGCCGGCCGAAAAGUCCAAGGAAGUUCUACAGCUGCUUCUCCGACUAGGUGCGACAUCUAGUCAGGGCGAUAUGAAUCAAAUUACGGCCUUUCAUUACCUUGUUGCUAAAGGCGAGAACGAGCUUUUGGACAUUGUCCUUAAACAUGAUGAACCGGCUGCGAGAGGCGUCUUGAACCAUCUGGCGUCUAGAUGGGGUUCUGACAUUACUUCUCCGCUCCUCUCAGCAAUCGGGUCAGGCAAUAAAGAUAUGGCUUCCAAAUUACUUAGCCUUGGGGCUGAACCUACUAUGAAGUUUGAACAAUGGAUCAAAGUGUACCUCGAAAGAAACCAGUGGGCCAAGAACAACUACACAUCUGAACAGAACAUGCGGCAAUAUCUCCAGAUAACACAACCGGUUCUAAUGGCAGCUCAAAGAAGUAUGGGCAGAGUGGUGAUGGAGCUCAUUGCGAAAGGUGCUGAUCCUGCAACUAUGACACCACAAGGGUAUCAGCUGGUUCAAGACCCGUCUCACGCCCAUUAUUAUAAUGGUGAAACACUUCUUGAUGUUGUUCAGAAUCAACUCAAGGAGCUUCGUGAGUGCCUCUGCAAAGAUGGGGCAGUCAUUAAAUCUCCAGAGACGCUUAUGGAUGAAACCUUCUAUCUACGUGGCUUAAAGAAGGGUACAUACAAGUACUUUACUGCUUUGACAGGCUUUCGAGCUAGGAAAAAUGCCAACAACACCGAGUGGGAGCAACACAACAAGGCAAAAGAAUAUAAGGUUCAAAACGGGAUCGAAGAGAAACGCACUGCUAUUCAAGCAGUGAUUUUUGAAUUGGAAGAAACCGAACAAGCACUCCUGAAAGCUGGUGUCAAACCGUUCUAUGAACUUCAUAAGGAAGUAAAUAGACGACCAAAUCAUCAAGGAUUUCAAUACGUAGCUCCUAUCACUCCGCCAUACCAAUCCACGUGGACUUUCACUAGCCCGGAUAUGAACGAAGAGAAAAAGAGCAGAUACAUAAUGUUGUUUGAAGCGGCUUGGAAUGGAGAUGUAGAAACGGUCAAAUCUAUGACCCUGGCACCAUGGGAAUCAGGGAACGAGCGACUUUCACUUUCACCUCUACAGAUUGCGAUACAGGACUCGAACGGAUUCAGCCCAUUUUCGAUUGCUGUUCUUAGGGGUCAUCGAGAUUUGGCAAGAAGAAUAAUCGAGAUUUGUCUGGUACAGUAUCACAAAGACGACAAUAAAGGACAACGCCAGCGUUGGCAGAUGAUCACUGAGAACGAAGAGGAUACAGACGACUCAGACGACGACAAUGAGGUUCUUCCAAUAUUCUCUGAACUCGUCAGUGACAAGUUCACUGUUGAUAAUCUUGGCGACGUAUCAUACAUGGUCAAAAGCAGUGUCAUGCCAUUGACUAUGAUCAAUUGGAAGUGUGCUGCAGCUCGCUUCGUCGACGUUGAUGCUCACACCAGCAAAGUCUGUACGCUCAUGGAGCAUGCUGUAGAUACCGACGAUAUUUCAUUGUUAAGAUUUGUCAUCGAGAUCGGAACAGAACAACAACAGCUUCUUGCUGAAGAAGAUGAUGAUCAGAAGUGUUUUACCAUCGAACCAGAAGUUUUCAAAGAAGCAAUACGCAACGGCCAAACAGCCAUGCUUGCCGAGAUGAUCGAGUCGUCUGGUGUCGGAAUUCCUCUUAAUGAUAUGAUCAAAAAGAGUGGUAUUGAGAUCAAGACAAAGCCCAAACACUAUCAAGGGUUGACAGUUGGCGGCAAAAAGCGGGCGGAUUGGGCACAGCCUCCAAAUACUUUUGUCACCGGUGUUACUGAAAACAAAAUUCCUCCGCUCCUUUAUGCGGCUAAUGUUGGAAGCAUUGAGUCAGUUGAAUGGUUCAUGAGCGAGGCUCCAAUGCGCAAAUACAGGCAAUUUGCGGAAAACCAUAAAACUGACAAGCGCAUCAAAGGCAUGGGAGAAGAUUACGACAAGACCAUUGCUACAUGGAUGAGAGCUCACUGCGAUUUAAUCCUUCACUGUGCGAUCCUCUGGAACCCAGAUCCAAAAUCCGAACAGAACACCAAGGACUACUUCGCUUUGAUUAAACAUGUUCUCACCGUCGCACCAGAAACCCUUGAGAAAAAGUCUGCGGAAGGCCUUACGCCUCUUCAAAUUGCGGUACUCCUCAGACGCAAAGACGUGAUAGCUUACCUUCUUUCUGUUGGAGCGAACCAGCGUACUCGGGACCGAGAGGCUAAGAACGUCAUUCACAGUCUCAGUUCUAAAUACUCGGCUCCCACCAAAGAGCAUCUUGAACUCAUUCAGGAAAUAAUCAAUCUCUUCGAUAGAUCGGCUGUGAAGGCCAUGUUGCUUGAGCGAACGUCGCUUUCCGCUGGUGCCUUGACUCCGCUUGCAUACUGGAUGCAAUGCAGCGGUAAUCAAUACAAAAAGCCGGAUCUCAUAUCUCUCCUCACUCGGUGCACAGCGGGCGAGGAAUUAGAAAUUAUAAAUGGGGAGGGUGAUCUACCUCUGCAUGUAGCCGUCAAAAAAGGAUGGAGUGAAAUAGCAUCGCAUUUCAUCUCUCUCAACCCAUCCCUCCUCUACCGCGAAAAUGCCACAGGCCGCACUCCCCUCGAAAUGUCACGCGACAUGUACAUUUCCUCUUGUGUCUCCGAGCCCAUUCAAAUCACCGACAACUAUUACGCUCAAUCCGUCAUUCAUCGCGCUCCGGAAUCCUUCCUCCCCCGGAACGAAGCGGGAGCUAUGAACAAUGUUAAGAGGACGUAUGAGAUAUGUGUUGAGGCGGAUCAGGAGAUGGAAGGAGAAGGGAGGGAGAGGAAGAGGAGAUUGGUAAGUCUGAUGGAGGCUAAUGAGGUGGCGGAGAGAGUUACGGGGUAUUCUAGUCGGUAUGCUGGGAGACAGGUUGUAGUUAAUGGGGGCGCGAUUGAUGAUGAGGCGCAUUUUGAUAUUUUGAGGGAGAUGGGGUAUCAGUUCUAG